CGCCCCCUCGCGAAGCUGCGCUGGCCGCCCGCGGAGGGGAGAGGCUGCAGAGCCGGGGCAGGAGUAGUAUAUUCCAGUAUCUCAGUCUCGUGCCAUGUCUGACCCCAUUACACUGAAUGUUGGGGGGAAGUUGUACACAACUUCACUGGCAACCCUAACCAGCUUCCCCGACUCCAUGCUCGGCGCCAUGUUCAGUGGGAAGAUGCCCACCAAGAGGGACAGCCAAGGCAACUGCUUCAUUGACCGCGAUGGCAAAGUGUUCCGCUACAUCCUCAACUUCCUACGGACCUCCCACCUGGACCUGCCUGAGGAUUUCCAGGAGAUGGGCCUACUCCGGAGGGAGGCCGACUUCUACCAGGUACAGCCCUUGAUUGAGGCCUUGCAGGAGAAGGAGGUGGAGCUCUCCAAGGCCGAGAAGAAUGCCAUGCUUAAUAUCACACUGAAGCAGCGUGUGCAGACGGUACACUUCACUGUGCGGGAGGCACCUCAGAUCUAUAGCCUGUCAUCCUCCAGCAUGGAGGUCUUCAAUGCCAACAUCUUCAGCACAUCCUGCCUCUUCCUCAAACUCCUGGGCUCCAAGCUCUUCUACUGUUCCAAUGGCAACCUUUCGUCCAUCACCAGCCACUUGCAGGACCCUAACCACCUGACUCUGGACUGGGUGGCCAAUGUAGAGGGCCUGCCUGAGGAGGAGUACACCAAGCAGAAUCUCAAGAGGCUCUGGGUAGUACCUGCCAAUAAACAGAUCAACAGUUUCCAAGUCUUCGUGGAGGAGGUGUUGAAAAUUGCUCUGAGCGAUGGUUUCUGCAUAGAUUCUUCUCACCCCCAUGCUCUAGAUUUUAUGAACAACAAAAUUAUUCGAUUAAUACGGUACAGAUAAAAUAGAAAA